ACUUUUUUAAUUUUACGGUUAUUACGUAAUCUCGAGAAGGGAUCUGCAUGUCGAUAACACGUUGUAGAGUAAAGAUCCAAGAUGAAUGCAAGAGGAAGAAACGGGCCAGUGUUUAUCAAGACGUACAGUAAAAGAAUGCGAAAGGUGGAGCCUUGGUUCUCCCCUGACCUGAAGAAAGCAGCUUUCUCUUUCUCAAGCACUCUUUCAUCAGAUCAGUCCAUAGCGGAGACCACACAACCCAAGAAACGGAGACUAAGAGAAAGAGCCUCCCGUCCUGCUAAAAGCAAAGCCAUGACUGCCAUAAAGGAGAACGGGAGUGAUGAGGAAAACUAUGCACCGUCCUCAUUGUUCAGAAAGAAGAAGAAUGCAAAACCAUCGGUAAGGACUACAGCUGUGAGGAAGACUCGAAUGACAAAGAAGGCAAAAAUAAAUGAACUGAUAAUUCUCAGCAGCAGUGAAAAUGAGGAUGACUCCUGUAUGAUGAAGCAUGAAGUCCAUCCAAAAACGUCUGCUGAUGAAUGUGCUGGUGCUGCGAAAGUGUUUGGCGCUCCCUGUUUGAGCAGGUUUGUCACACAUCGCAGAAGACCACCGGCACCCAUCCAAACUAAGCUGAUCUCUGUUGCUCUUCACCACACGCAUCUAAAUUCCUCAGAUGAUUUCCUUCCUCCCUGCUCCCAGCACAAGCGUGUUGCGAGCAGGAAGCCGUUCUACAUGGACUCAAAUAAUCACGCUGCUCACAAGAACCGCAAACGCUCACAGAACCGCGGAGCUCUGGCUGAGGUCUCUUUCAAUGAUAGCGAUGACCAGCAGCUCCCAAGUAAACGUCCCCUGCUCUCGAGCACCCCUUCCCUGAUCUGCAGACAGCUCCAAAACCUACCAGAGCCCUCCAUCAGUGAGAUCUCCUCCCUCAGCUUUGAUGAACUUCACCAACUUACAGAAAAAUACAACAGCCUUCACAGUUUAAAGGAUUUCAAAGCGUGCGACCACACUGCACAGGAGAAGACAAGCCACCAGCUCCCAAACCCAGGCAUCUCCUCUGGAGAGAGAGUGAUGGAGCAGAGGGAGAGAGAGCAGGAUGCAGUUGUGGAAGAGAGAGCUGGGGAUGGAGAGAGGGAUCAGAGAAAAGAAGGAUGUGCAAAGGCCACGUCUGCGCAGGCAAGCACAGGUUUUGGAUGUGUGCCACCACAGUCACGCCUAGAAUCUUUAGCAGAUGAGCUAAAAGAGAGGUGUCGCACAGUGGAUGUAGCCGUAAUGCUCGAGAAGAUAGACGUCUCAGACUAUCUUUUGGUGCAAAGCUGCAGCAGCGAACGGGAAGAGAAAAUUGCCUUGGUGUCCUCCAUGGCAGCAACUAACAGCCAAACCUAUAUAACUUUACCGUCCAGCUGCUCUUCACUAUCCAAACCAUCACUCUAUCUCUCCUCCUCGAAGUCUCUUUCCACUUCUCCUCUUGCUGGAGCAGUUUGCUCAAAGCAGUCCCUUAUUGGGCGUCUCAAGGCUGAAUGUCUGUUAUCUUCCCUCGCUGUCAGCCUUCCACGUCUAGACUUGGAUGCGUAUCCUUCUGUCCACCAGGGGGCAACAAAAGCACCCUGCCCCGUCUCCCCAUACACCUGCCACAGGGACAGUGCCACCUGUCCACCUCUUAAAGAGACGGGGGAUGCUAUCCCAACCAGCUCAAUAAAUCCUAAGACUCCCAGUAAUGCUGAAGCAGUUGUUCAACACUUGUCUGCAUCAUUCCAACCACCUCCGGUCUCUCCGCCUGCAGCUCAUAGCAAAACACGACCACCUGCUGCGCCUAAAGAAUGCACAGGUGCUGGUACUGGCACCGGUCGUAAAGUUUGUGUGAGUGGACUUAAUGUCAGCCGCUGGUCAAAGAGGGGUGCUGGAGAAUUCAAUGAAAGGCGGAGGAAAAAGGAAGGAUGGACAAAGGCUGUGUCAGCAGACUACAGUUCCUGGGGCAGCAUGUCGUCUGCUGGAGCAGACACCUAUGCAGGGGAAUCAACAUGUGGCUGGCUGCAGGGCACCAGUGGGAUCGGUCUGGCUGUAACGCCUCUCAGAAUGGAGCAAAUUAAUCUGUCUUCCAUCCUCACCAACUUUACUCCCGACACACUCACAACACACUCCUGGGGCCGACUAAAGGCAGCGCUGUCCCUGCAUAAGAAGAAGACUGCAUUUGCCACUCCUCGCCGCUUGGUUCAGUCUCAUCUGAAGUCCCCAGGUUCUGUAUUUCCAACUGACAACAGUCCAGACCUGUUUGCUUCCCCUUUCUGCACACCGUCCAGAUUCACACCUUCACGCUUGCUCCGGUCCACCAUGAACACCCCCCUGGCUUCAUAUGAUGAAGAUAUCAGUGAUGCAGAAAAAGUGUACCAGGAAUGCCAGCAAAGCGGCCCACUUUCCUUCAGUGACUGUAUCCCUCCAGCUCGCAUGAAGCACUGCAGCAAGAUCGGUGAAGGGACGUUUGGAGAGGUCUUCUCAACCAUAAACGAUUCCAACGAGACCGUUGCUCUCAAAAUCAUCCCAGUAGAAGGCAGUCAGCAGGUCAAUGGUGAACAACAGAAAACCUUUGGCGAAAUCCUCCAUGAAAUCAUCAUUUCCAAAGAGCUGAGCUGCCUUAACAUGAAGGAGAUCAACAAGACAGACGGUUUCAUUGGGCUCAACAAUCUACAUUGUGUUCGUGGACGUUAUCCGGAAGCUCUGCUCAAAGCCUGGGACAAGUUUGACCGUCAGAAGGGAUCUGAGAAUGACAGACCUGACUUCUUUGAUGACGAGCAGCUGUUUUUAAUCCUGGAGUUUGAGUUUGGAGGGAGUGAUCUAGAGAACAUUAACGGAAAGCUGUCUUCCCUGGUCCAGGCCAAGAGUGUUCUACAUCAAGUCACUGCAGCUUUGGCUGUAGCUGAGCAAGCACUGUGCUUCGAACACAGAGAUCUUCAUUGGGGAAACAUCCUGGUGAAGAACAUCAAGCACAAGCACAAUGAGUUCAUUCUGAAUGGAACAGUUCAUUCCAUCGAGACACGAGGGGUUCACGUCAACAUUAUCGACUACUCGCUCUCACGCCUGGAGAUCGAUGGACUGACGGUGUCAUGUGAUAUCUCUAAUGAUGAGGAGUUGUUCAUGGGUCAGGGAGAUUAUCAGUUUGAAAUCUACCGUCUAAUGAAGAAAGAAAACAAUAACUGCUGGUCCACCUAUAAUCCUCAUUCCAAUGUGUUGUGGCUGCACUAUCUAGCUGAGAAACUUUUGAGCAUGAACUACAAGAACAAAGCUCAGACCAACCAGCAGAGGACGAUGAAGAGCGCCCUCAAAUCUUUCCAGGCGGAGAUACUUCGUUAUCCGUCAGCUACAGAUGCUCUUAAGAACUGCAGAUUCUUUCAGUGAAAGUAUUUUUUAUUAAGACCUGUAUAUUUAGAAUUACCGGUCCAGGGAAAGUAACGAUAUUCUAAAGUUCUGUAAAAAAACAAAUAAAGAAAAUGUGCAAUCAUGCCAUUUAAAAAAACAAAAAU